GUCAGUGAGACUGGAAAAUGGCUCAGUCGAAGAACGACGCCAGGUUAUCGCUGGAAAUCCGGACCAAAUCUGUGGAACAGACCCUCAUUCCCCUGGUCACACAGAUAACCACUUUGGUAAACCACAAGGACCGUCCAAAGGUGACAGACAAGACUGCUAGGGCGCUGAUCCGUGUCGGCCAGGCUGUUAGCGCGGCUGUUGACCGAUUUGUAAUUGUUGGUCAGUCAAUUGCUGAUGACAAUGAUGACAUCAGACAGGACAUGUGUGAGGCCUGUGAAGAGGCAAGAUCAGCAGGUGUCAGUAUACAGAAACUUACUUCAGUUGACCGAACAUCCAACUACUCGACUCCUAAAACCUUCACAGAGAAGACAGCAAUGGUGAGGGCUGCCCGUCAGCUACUAUCUGCUGUUACACGGGUCCUGCUGCUGGCUGACAAGGUCAUCGUAAAACAGCUUCUGCUUUCCAAGGACAAGGUAUUGUCUAGCCUGAACGAGUUGGACACUGUGACGACAUUCACCGACUUUGUCAACUGUUUCAGUCGCUUUGGUAAUGAGAUGGUGGAACUGGCUCACCUGACUGGGGAUAGACAAAAUGACCUGAAGGGGGAGAAGCAGCGUGCUCAGAUGGGAGCUGCUCGGGCCAUCCUAGAAAAGUCCACCAUGAUGCUGCUUCCUUCCUGUAAAACGUGUCUGCGACAUCCAGACUGUGAUACAGCCAGACUCAACAGGGAAGGUGUAUUUGUCCAGAUGCGGCGUGCGCUGGAGAUGAUCCACUAUAUAGUAACGGAGGGUGGCACCGGCCAGGUCAAUGGUCACUCCUGCUCGCUGAAUAAUGGUGACUCGGGUAUAUGUCUCGAUAACGCUCACCACUCAACGAGUCGGGCUGUUAGAGAGUUUGAGGACCUGGUGGAGAUGACACGUGUGACUGGAUUGACCAGUUCAAGCUCCCCGGACAAACUGACCAGUGCCUUGGAUGUAGUGGUGGAGACUGCUCAGGACUUCACUGACUCCGCAUACACGCCACACGAGAACCGUGAGAGGAUCAUCGACACACUCAACUGUAUGAGAGCAGAACUACAGCUCCUAAUUAACGCCGGCCUAAACCAGAGGGACCUGAACGUGAGUCUUGAUAUGGAGACAGCCAUCCUGAAGACGGUGUCAGUUUCCAAGUGUUUGAAGAAACUGCUACAGGAUACAGCGAUGGAGCAAGCGUCCGAGCUGUUUAAGACAAAUGAGGAUCAUGACCUUCUGAAAUGUCUCAAGGGCGCAGGAAUCGCAGGGGAGGCGGAGCGAGUCGAGGAACUCACUGUCAAGUUUGAGGAACAUAUGGAACAGCUUGAAGAGGUAUGUAAGCUGUUUCGACACAUCGCCACCACAGAGCCUCUGGUCAUCGCUGCAGAUCAUAACGACUCGAUCAUAAAGAAUAUCGGACCACUGACAAUGAUGGCAGCGAAAACCCUCAGUCAGUACCCUAACAGUAAGAUCGCCAGAGAAAACCUGGACACGUUUUCCGACGCUUGGGAAUCUCAGAUCAAUGACCUGUCUGUUCUGGUUAAAGAGGUCAAUGAUGUAUGUCAGGGUCGGAUGGACAAGCCAGUGUACCUAUCCCUUCCCAGACCAGGGAAACAUGGAACAACUUCUCGUGGCCUAAGACCGGUCAAGCUGGAUGCUGAGGAACAAGCGAAGAUUGCAAAGCUCGGCCUGGAGAUGAAGUUGAUCACGUCAGAAAUGGAUGCCGAGACUGACAAGUGGGAGGAGCCAGAUAAUGACAUUGUGAAGCGUGCAAAAAACAUGUCCAGUAUGGCUUUUAGUAUGUACCUGUUUACACGCGGGGAAGGGCCACUGAAAACCACACAUGACCUAUUUGUACAAGCUGAGUAUUUUGCUGAGGAGGGCAACAAGCUUUACAAAACUGUGCGUGAGUUUGCGGACAGAGUACCAAUAUGUGUUCAUCGGGAGGAACUGCUGUCUCAUCUGGACAGGAUUCCUUCCUACUGUCAACAGCUCCAGGCCACACUCAAGUCUUCUACGUAUGGAAAGUCAGCCACAUUUAACAAGGUGGACAGUGCUAUACAGGAGACAAAGAACUUAAUGAAUGCUAUUGCCAAGGUGGUUACCACAAGCUUCAUCUGUGCUACCAAGUACAACAUAGACUAUCGUCGCUCACCAGGUGGUAGUAGAAGAUGGCGUAGCCAGUCCUCAGCUGAUGCUCGUUCUAACAGCUCCGACAAUGAGUCGGUGUAUAGCAGCUCUGCUGACGGCAUGCAGAGGAGCUCAUCAUCAAGUCGACAGUUCUCCAGUAACAAUAGCCUAGACCGGGCGUGACUGGAGUUUAGGCUGCAAGGAGUCUGCUGAGGUCAAAAGGUCAACGACUGCUGAUGUCAUCUAUUCAUCCAAUAUUGACUGCUGACACUAAAAUGAAAGCCUGUGAUUGGUUUACAAUAAGUUUUGUGGGUAUAUAAAUUUAGGGGUCAAUAACUGGGCAGAGGUCAAAACAUUAAUACCAAUAAGGUUGUGUGAGGGUCAGUACCACAUCCUGACCAAUAAGGUUGUGUGAGGGUCAGUACCACAUCCUGACCAAUAAGGUUGAGGAUCAGCUUCAGUUGCCGUGGAGUCUAACCGUCGAUGGAGUUGAGCUUGGGCUGACCAGACCUGUAAGUUUAAUUUUCAGACUAGACAAGGUCAUAUGAUAAAUGGUUUGUCAAGGUCAAGUAAGAGGGGAUAAGGAAAAGCUUGAGCAGACACUGUCAGGAUACAAUUUUCAUUGGCAGGUUCCUUUUACAGGAAGGAGGCUGGAGUUAUUCCCCUUUUACAGGAAGGAGGCUGGAGUUAUUCCCCUUCUCUCAUCAUUGAGUGAAAUAAUUGGUGAUCAAUGUCUGUGUGAAAGGCUGACUUCCACACUGUUAGUGAUCUAUAAUGAAAGGCUGACUUCCACACUGUUAGUGAUCUAUAAUGUAACAGUUUUACAUUACUUUUUGUUGUAUUCUUGCCAUUUUAUUUACUAGGCAUGUUUUUAUUGUUGUGAUUAGGUCAGUAAUUUUACCUGAGCAAGUUUAUGAUUUUUUUUUUAACAUGUUGAUUCAGUAUUUAUUUUAAGGAAGGCCCUGAUUUAUAGGACACUGUUGACUGUACAGCAAAACCUUGUUUUACUUUUGCCAUUUGUCAGCAGAAUGUGCUGAAGUGAACAAGAGAGACUACAACAGAAGGGGAACAUUGGCAGUAACAGAGA